CAGGGUGAGGUGACUUGCCCUGGGUCAACACAGCUGGUAAAUGUCUGAAACUGGAUUUGAACUCACGAAGUUGAGUCCUCUCUUCUCCAGGACUGGCGCGUUAUCCAUACGCUUGCUAGCUGACAUUAAAUACAUGUAUACGCUAAAUAAAAUUCUAUCCACAGGUCCGACCAUUAGAAGAAACCAGAACAGCCAGAGCAUCAACUUAGUUACAUUGUAACCAACCAGGCAACCCACACAACCACAGCUGAACACCCCAGGGCCCCAGCAGGCGAGCUCCCACAGGCCUGAAUCUGGGCUGACCAAUCAGCACCGCGUUCUAUGGAGGAGCCAAUCACGGCCACGCCUUGAGGAUUACGUGAAUAUUCAACAGAGCAAGGCCCUUGCCUCCCGCUGUGACCAAUCAGAGUCGUAGCUGUAGGUAGCCAAUUAGGGCGGGCGGAUUGCAUCGGAACCAAUGGCCCCGCUUCCCGGGAAUUUUGAAGGGGGCGAGCUAGAGAGUCGGAAGAGAGCAAGCCCCCGUGCCCGCAGUCCCUAAAAAGGCCCAGACCAGAGCCCCGCCCCAGCCCCGCAGCUCUGCGGCUCCGGGCCAGGCGAGCAUGUCGGUGAGCGCCGCUCUGAGGGAGGAGCUGCGCCUCCUCCUUCCCUUCCCGUGUCACCCGGGACUCGUCUCUCCCUUCUACCAGGCAGUGCUGACCCGGGGUUUCCCUCUCCUUGCAGAGACGCGUCAAAUCAACGCCCUAGAAAAGCCUGUGGCCGCAGCCCUCCCAGGGACAGCGCCUGCCGGUAGGAGCCGCCGCGCAGCGUGGCCGCCCCCCGGGCUCGCCGAGGCGCUGGCGACGCUGGGGCUGGAUGGGGAGCGCGAGUACGCAGGAAGAUAUCUACGUCCAUCUUCCCUACUGCCCCCACUCCAGGCAGGUCAGGCGCUUCCCCAGGCGGACUUGCCUCGCGCCGUGACUGCGGAGAUGCGUGCCCUCGUGGUGGACUGGCUGGUGCAGGUGCACGAAUACCUGGGCCUGGCUGGGGAUACGCUCUAUCUGGCCGUGCACCUGCUGGAUUCGUACUUGCGCGUGGCCCCCGUGCGGCUGCGCCACCUGCAGCUGCUGGGAGUCGCCUGCCUCUUCGUGGCGUGCAAGGUGGAGGAGAGCACCUGCCCCGAGCCAGCUUCCCUGUGCCUCCUGGGAGCUGGCUCCCUUCUCCCGGGCCCAGCUGUUCCCGCGCUGAACGGGCGCCUCCUCAGCCGCCUGAACUUCCGCCUCUACUACCCGGGCCCGCUUCUCUUGCCUGGGCUGCUGGCCGCCUUGGCCCGAAGCCGGCCCGCGGAUGUUGUGCUCUUGGCCACCUACUUCUUGGAGCUCUCUGUCCUGGAGGCCGAGGCCGCAGGCUGGGAGCCCGGCCCGCCGGGCAGCCGCAGCCCUAAGCCCUGGCCCAGCGCGUACUGUGCACGAAAGCCCGGAGAGGCCCCCGAACUGGGUCUCUACAGCAAGGCGGAGCUGGGUCCCAUCGAGCCGCGUAUGGCCCGCGCCGCGCUGCAGGGUCCCGCUCCAGGCCGGGCCGCUGUCUUUCUCAAGUACGCGCGACCCCAGAGGCAGCACAUCAGCCUCACUGCGGCCCGUCUGCUCUCCAGGACCUGCCUUGCGCCUCCCUAA